AUGGUGGAAAAUUCACUGCUGCCAGGAAGAGCGAUUUAUGACUUUGUGAUUCUCUUAAGCUCCCAAUUUGGCUUCAUACUUUACCUUGUGUGGGCUUUUAUUCCUGAAUCUUGGCUAAACUCCUUAGGUUUAACCUAUUGGCCUCAAAAACAUUGGACAGUUGCAUUAUCUCUCUACCUCCUUAUUACUGUAGUAAUUGGCUAUGUGCUCUUGUUUGGGAUUAACAUGAUGAGUACCCCUUCACUCAACUCCAUUCAUACAAUCACAGACAACUAUGCUAAAAAUCAACAGCAGAAGAAAUACCAAGAGGUGGCCAUUCCAGCAUUAAGAGUUAUUUCUACUAGUGAAGUAAACCAAAUGUUAUUUCUUGCAGCCAAAGACCUUUACACCAAAAACUGA